CGUUCGCUUGACGCUGGGCUGGUUUGUGUGAGAGGAAGACUGACUGACUGAGGGUGAUCUGUUCCUGGUUAGCUGUGGGUUAAUAAUAAUAUGCAAAAAAUGCUAACUAUAAUAUCUAACGUUCUGAGGGGCAGCGCCAGCAGGAACGGAGCCGAGCUGGUAUCAGAGGGUGCAAGAGUGGUGGUAUCUGCCAGGACCUAUGCAGACUUUACCCCUCAGGCCACCUUUGAUAUUAAGAAAUGUGACUUGCACAAGCUGGAGGAGGGCCCACCACUGCAGGCCGUGCUUACAAGAGAGGAGGGGCUUCAGUACUACCGCACAAUGCAGACCAUGAGACGUAUGGAGCUCAAGGCCGAUCAGCUCUACAAGCAGAAGAUCAUCAGGGGCUUCUGUCACCUUUAUGAUGGACAGGAAGCAUGUGCGGUUGGUAUCGAGGCAGGUAUUAAUCUAUCAGACCAUCUUAUCACAGCGUAUCGUGCUCACGGGUACACUCUCACUAGAGGUGGCACUGUUCGUGAGAUCAUGGCAGAGCUCACCGGCCGUAGAGGAGGUAUUGCUAAAGGAAAGGGAGGGUCUAUGCAUAUGUACACUAAAAAUUUUUAUGGAGGAAAUGGAAUUGUGGGAGCUCAGGUGCCUCUUGGGGCAGGUGUAGCGUUGGCCUGCAAAUACCUGGGCAAGAAUGAGCUGUGUGUCUGUCUCUAUGGUGAUGGUGCUGCAAAUCAGGGUCAGAUCUUUGAGACGUAUAAUAUGGCAUCUCUGUGGAAGCUGCCUUGCAUCUUCAUUUGCGAGAAUAACAAAUAUGGCAUGGGUACUUCUGUGGAGAGAGCAGCUGCUAGUACUGACUACUACAAGAGAGGCGAUUUCAUCCCUGGAUUGAGGUUGGAUGGCAUGGACGUUCUUUGUGUGAGGGAGGCCACCAAAUUUGCUGCUGAACACUGCAGAUCAGGAAAGGGUCCUAUUCUGAUGGAGCUGCAGACCUAUCGUUACCACGGACACAGUAUGAGCGACCCAGGAGUCAGUUACCGCACACGUGAGGAGAUCCAGGAGGUGCGCAGUAAGAGUGACCCCAUCUCAAUGCUGAAGGAUCGCAUGCUGAGCAACAACAUGGCCAGCGUGGAGGAGCUUAAGGAGAUUGAUGUCGAAGUAAGGAAGGAGAUUGAAGAUGCCGCUCAGUUUGCCACCACAGACCCUGAGCCUCCACUGGAUGAUCUUUGCAACCACAUCUUCUACAAUGACCAUCCUAUGGAAGUGCGUGGCAUCAACCCCUGGUCCAAGCUCAAGUCUGUCAGCUAAAUCGCCUUCUUUAUCAUCCUAAGUCCCCUCCUCCUCCAGUUGAUCCUCUACUGUUGGAGCCCACAGAAAAAUAUGAUCUCCUCCGAUGUGGCUAUAAAUUUCAUAGACAGUUAUUGGGAAACUCUCUCAGCCACACUGUGAUAAGUUGCCUCAUUUCACAUGUUAUCAUUGGCUUGUUUUCUUGUUGUCUUCAUCAGCUACAAUUCUGACCCAAUACUGAUAUUUUUUCAUCUUAUAUUAGAAAUAUAUAUCAUAUAAAUAAUGUAAUAUGUGCACACACACCCCUCUCAAUUUUUACAUCAACAGGAGUGACUAAAUAUUUAAAUAAUUUGACUAAAUAUUUAAAGGGAAAUGUUUAUUAACAUUUAUAAAUUGUAAACAUGUGGCCAUAUUACAAACAUUUGGUGUGAUAUUUAUGGGAUUUAAAAUAGGAAUUUUUAAUUUUGGUUGUUUCUCAAGUGUUUGAGUGUUUAAACAAAAAAUGCAAAUGAAAACCAAGAUGAAUAAGAUUGAAAUUAAAAAGCUUAAAAUAAACCGCUUUCACUCUCUUGACCGUUUAUUUAAAACUGGGUUUAUGUUGUCAUGUGUAUAUAUACUAUGAAAAAAUGCUUUUGUUACAAACAAUGUUACUGGGGAUAAAACUUCACAUUUGGCAAUGCCAGUGUAUUAAUGGUUGUUUUAAUAGAAUUUUUGUUUAAAAUCUCUGAUAAUUGGGAAAGUAACAAUUGUUGCAGUUUAUACGUUAGGAUGCUGUUGAGAUGUUAAAGGGGGCAUGGGGGUCACAGCUUAAAACAUGCUGUAUUGAUCAGGAUGAGUCAACAAGAUCAGCCAAUGUAUGUCAUCCAAUGAGGUCUUUAUACCAUAAAACAGCAAAUAAAUAUUUCAAAUACAAA